GGGUACUGCCUCUCAUACAUCACAGUGUGGGUGUGUGUGACCUAAGAAGUCAAACAGGUUUGACCAAUCUUGUUUAAUAUGGCUCCCAACAGGAGGUAAGCCGAUGCCACCUCAGAGCUUUGAACUUGUUCACUUAUUUCUGCGUGUGUAGCAAAAUAUUCGGCGGUACUGUUGAUCAUUUAAACCAGAAAAGACGAGACAGAGACAGAAAGGAAGCAGGUAUGCCACAACAAGCCGCGACAUGACCGACGUUCAUGACUUCAUUUGGUGAGGAAAGGUGUGUGUGUGUGACUGAGCGUUGUGAAAGAGACAGAGGCGUCAUGGUACAAAGGCAUGUGAGUUAGUAAUGGACUUAUCUUUGUUAAAGAAGAUUUUAUUUUUGGAUUUUUUAUUUUUUUAUUUUUGCGUCUUGCGUGCGCAAAAGUGUCCUUCUCCUGGGGCGAUGCCGGUGGCGCUGUGGCGCGCAGGACUGCUGCUCUGCUUCCUCAGUUUCUGCGCCGGUCUGGAGGAAGAGUGCGUCCUUGGUGUACUUGGACGGCCGGUCAUCCUGCCCUGCUUGUACCCUAAAUUAUUAAGCUUUGUGAAUUUUACCAUUGAGUGGAGGAGAGGCGAUGAAGUGGUGCUCAGAUCAGUGUGGGAGCUGAAUAAAAAAGUGGAGGAGCUGAGCGUUAACAGCGCCACAAUCUCAUCUGAUGCCGCAAUGACUGGAAACUUCUCUCUGGAGAUGCCCACAGUUGAUCUUCAAGAGUACAAAAUGAAUUACAGUCUGUUCAUCAUUUCAGAGGAGGACCACAAAGCUGCGCUGUGCACAGCGUGCCUCAUGUUAGCAGCCAGUUUCAGCUCCCCGCUGCUGCAGAGGGAAGAAGCAGCUCAUGGAGGUGAGACGGCCUUCCUCUGUCACUCCACUGGUGGUUUUCCUGAACCGGCCGUCCACUGGCUCAUCAACCACACCGAGGAACCUCCAGAAGGCUCGGUGAGAACCCAGGCAGCAUCACUUCCAGACUCCCAUCUGUACAACAUCACCAGCCACCUGAUGGUCAACAUUUCCAAAGACUCCAUCGUGUCGUGCACCAUCGAGAACCUGCCCAUGAACGAAACCAUGACAUCCACAAGCUAUGGAACACAGGGCAGCCCGGUGGCGGGUCGAGCAUCAGAGGCCAUGUGGAUCUUCAGCACGGCUCUCAGUGCGGUGGUUGGCGUCAUGGUGGUGGCAGGAGUCGCGUACCAGAUUCACCUGGACAGGAUAAGUAAGAGGAAGAAGAAAGAAUUCCAAGCGUCCACCAGAGGAUACAAGAGGAGAUAUCCAAACACGGAGGAGUCAGAGGCGAUCACAACGCAGUCGAUGGAGACUGACGUGUAAAAACUGCUAAAUUUCCACUUUUGUUGACUUGAGACAAGCCGAGCACUGAUUUGUAAAUAUGUAUUUGUUGUGACCACUUCAAUAUUCAACAUACUGUACAGUUACCGUAACAUGUGACCUGUAUGUUGUAUAUACUUGACUUCUGUUUGUCACAGGGUAGAAUUGUUUUAAGCUUUAAUAAAGAUGUCCGAACCCA